CCGGAAAACACAGUAGCUGUAGCUGCACAUAGACUUUUCCUCUUUCUGUUUCCCCCUCAUACCCCUCCCUAGACCUCUCUGGGCUUUGACGUCAUGUGUGCUCCUUUCAGUUGCCAUAGCAACCCCAUUCCCCAAGCCCUCUCUGUCCGUCUCCUCUGGUAGGUUCCACAAUGGUACAGGCAGCAUCACGCUGCACAAUGGUUUCUAGGCAGUGAAAGAGGGUGAUUCAGCAAGCCACUCUUCUUCUUUUCUCUUUAACCUCCCUUCACUUUUUAUUUUUAUGGGGGUGGGUGGUGCUUGCUAUAUGCUUACCUUUUUCUUUUCUUUUUUCAUUUUUACAAAUUUCCUUUUUUGUCCUCACCCCUCAAUUUCUAGGGGCUUGAGUGAGUUUAAGAUUGGGUUUUCUUGGAAAUCACCUGUCCAUCGUUAAUUUUAAACAAUUUCCCUAUCGCCAAAGAAUCUCUUCCUUAUUAGUCUGGAAUGUGGUUAAUGAAAAACAAGUAGGGAGGAUUUCUGGGGCAAACACUGCUGGAUCAGGAUCGUAGUUCUCAGGCACGGAAUGGCUAGUGUGAGAAACACCAAUGACAGACCCAUCUCAGAUUUUCACUAUGGCAACUCAUGCAAGAAACUGUUGAAUUAGACCUGUUUCCUAUAGAUGAGAAACCAUACAAGCUGUGGUAUUUAUGAGCCUCCAUUUCUUAUACUACUGCAGUGAACCAACAUUGGAUGUGAAAAUUGCCUUUUGUCAGGUGUGUGUUCCUUACAGGUAAAACAAGGGAUUCGAUAAACAAGUGGAUGUGUCAUAUAUUGCCAAACAUUACAACAUGAGCAAAAGCAAAGUUGACAACCAAUUCUACAGUGUGGAAGUGGGAGACUCAACCUUCACAGUUCUCAAGCGCUACCAGAAUCUAAAGCCUAUUGGCUCUGGGGCUCAGGGCAUAGUCUGUGCCGCGUAUGAUGCUGUCCUUGACAGAAAUGUGGCUAUUAAGAAGCUCAGCAGACCCUUUCAGAACCAAACACAUGCCAAGAGAGCAUACCGGGAGCUGGUCCUCAUGAAGUGUGUGAACCAUAAAAACAUCAUUAGUUUAUUAAAUGUCUUCACACCCCAGAAAACGCUGGAGGAGUUCCAAGAUGUUUAUUUAGUAAUGGAACUGAUGGAUGCCAACUUAUGUCAAGUGAUCCAGAUGGAAUUAGACCACGAGCGAAUGUCUUACCUGCUGUACCAAAUGUUGUGUGGCAUUAAGCACCUCCACUCUGCUGGAAUUAUUCACAGGGAUUUAAAACCAAGUAACAUUGUAGUCAAGUCUGAUUGCACAUUGAAAAUCCUGGACUUUGGACUGGCCAGGACAGCAGGCACAAGCUUCAUGAUGACUCCAUAUGUGGUGACACGUUAUUACAGAGCCCCCGAGGUCAUCCUGGGGAUGGGCUACAAGGAGAACGUUGACAUGUGGUCAGUAGGGUGCAUCAUGGGAGAAAUGAUAAAAGGUGCAGUGCUGUUUCCUGGCACUGAUCAUAUUGACCAGUGGAAUAAGGUAAUUGAACAACUAGGAACACCAUGUCCAGAAUUCAUGAAGAAAUUGCAACCCACAGUAAGAAACUAUGUGGAGAAUCGGCCCAAGUAUGCAGGACUCACCUUCCCCAAGCUCUUCCCAGAUUCCCUCUUCCCAGCGGACUCUGAGCACAAUAAACUCAAAGCCAGCCAAGCCAGGGACUUGUUGUCAAAGAUGUUAGUGAUUGAUCCAGCAAAACGAAUAUCAGUGGACGACGCCUUACAGCAUCCCUACAUCAAUGUCUGGUAUGACCCAGCUGAAGUGGAGGCGCCUCCACCUCAGAUAUACGACAAGCAGUUGGAUGAAAGAGAGCACACAAUAGAAGAAUGGAAAGAACUUAUCUACAAGGAAGUAAUGAACUCGGAAGAAAAGACUAAAAAUGGUGUAGUAAAAGGACAGCCUUCUCCUUCAGCACAGGUGCAGCAGUGAACAGCAGUGAGAGUCUCCCUCCAUCCUCGUCUGUCAAUGACAUCUCCUCCAUGUCCACCGACCAGACCCUGGCAUCUGACACUGACAGCAGCCUGGAAGCCUCGGCAGGACCCCUGGGUUGUUGCAGGUGACUAGCCGCCUGCCUGCGAAACCCAGCGUUCUUCAGGAGAUGAUAUGAUGGAACACACACACACACACACACACACACACACACGACACUCACGCACACAUGCAAAUGCAGACACACAACAUCAAGAAAACAGCAAGGCAGAGAAUCCAAGCCUAAAAUUAAAUAAAUCUUUCAGCCUGCUUCUUCCCCAGAGUUCUGUAUUGCAGCUAAGCUCAAAUGUAUAUUUAACUUCUAGUUGCUCUUGCUUUGGUCUUCUUCCAAUGAUGCUUACUACAGAGAGCAAAUCAGACACAAUUAGAGAAGCCUUUUCGAUAAAGUGUAAUUUUAAUGGCUGCAAAACCAGCGACCUGUAACUGCCCUUUUAAAUGGCAUGACAAGGUGUGCAGUGGCCCCAUCCAGCAUGUGUGUGUCUCUAUCUUGCAUCUACCUGCUCCUUGGCCUAGUCAGAUGGAUGUAGAUACAGAUCCGCAUGUGUCUGUAUUCAUACAGCACUACUUACUUAGAGAUGCUACUGUCAGUGUCCUCAGGGCUCUACCAAGACAUCAUGCACUGGGGUACCACAUGGUCCAUUUCCUGUGAUCUAUUACUCUGACAUAAACCCAUGUGUAAUAUAUUGCCAAUAUAUAAGCUGUUUAGUUUGUUAAUUGAUUAAACUGUAUGUCUCAUAAGAAAACAUGUAAAGGGGGAAUAUAUGGGGGGAGUGAGCUCUCUCAGACCCUUGAAGCUGUAGCUUCCAAGUUUGAACGGAUUAAAUGGCACCUGUAUACCAAUUUGUAGAAAGAACAUAUGUGAUGCUUAUGUAAAGUGUGGGGGGAGUGGGUAACAGUUUUCAGGCACGAAAUGGUUUGGCCUUUAGAAGGCAGGUGUGAAUAAAAGCUGAGAGUCUUUUCUGUGACACCGAAGAGUAGGAGAGACUGGAGAGUAGUGUGGUGGUGUGACUGAGACCGAGAGGAGGUCAUUACUCAGAUUCUAGGAGACAUCGGCGGCCCUAUUUUAGAGAUUUGGCCCUAUUCCCAUUUGUCAUUUCUCAAUUAUUGGUCACAAGAAGAGACCACUGGAGAAAGUGGCAGGUGGUGAGGCAAGGUUAUUGUGUGCGCUUUUGAUGGUAAGAAUCUCUCCUUGGAAUUGAGCAGAAUUGCCUCCGUGUGAAUUCCUUCAACAGCAACAAAAAAAUGAGCCUGCCUAGACUGCUUUCAGAUUGUGGGUUGUGUUUUCCAUGUGUGGGCUGCUUCCCUGGUUCAUACCCCACCAAAGUUUUAUUUUGAGAAAUAAUAUUACUUUCCUCUUCCGGAAUAAAAUAAUCAAUAAGAAUAAAACCCCCAAAGCACAGUGUGAGUCUCAGGUUAGCAUUUGAAAACAUCUCCAGAGAUAUUAUUAUUCUGCAGGAGUUUCCCCGACUCCUUAAUGUGGCUGAUGUUUCAUGUUUAUUUAUUUAUUUUCAUAAGUAUGAGCAAUUGAAGAAGGGCUGAUCAUCUGAGUUUUGUAAUGCAGUAGACAUAAGAGCAAUAACUCUGCCCAUAAAUUUACUGCUGCCAAAUAGUUUUAGCAAUAUUAGUUUGUCUUAAAAGCCAUGAAGCAUUAAUGUAAAUGUUUAGCAAAAUUUCCUGAAUUUAGCUUAAAUUAAAAGAAAGUGCUUUCCUGAGCACUUAAGGAGGCACUGUGAAACAUCUUGGUUAUAUACAAGGCAAUACCAAGGUGAUCUCAGCAAUAAUCAGUUCAGGCUUCCCUUCUUAUUCACUUUGAAGUAUCCAUCACAGUCAUUUGCACUCUGGCAAUGUUGGUGCUCACCAAGGUGGUGAUAUUUCACCUGAAGAAGUGAAAGACAGGAAAUAUAUGGUUGAUGAGUGUGAACUGAUUGGAAAAUAGAAUCCCCCCCACCCCGAAACAGAGCAAACAAGAAUGCCAGUGCUCUGAAAACUGCCUUAAAUACAAUAAUAGGGAAGUUUCUUUCUCUCUUCAAGCAAUAGAGUCCACAGGGAACUGCACCCAUCUGCACCAUCACCGUGCCAGUGGUGCUGCCAUUCUGAGAUUGUUUCACAUGGUCGGAUUCAGUACACAUGGUCAUUUGUUUAAAAUAAAGAGAAGAACAUUCCUUUGUGCAGCUUGUCCCCUGUAAUAAAAAUGACCCAUUCUCUCUAUUUUGCUAUCAUUUAUUUUUUGGUUAAUAUUGUUGACAACCUGAUUGUUAAAAAUACCUCCUCAGUCACAUGAGCUCCCUCUAUUAUCUUUCAGUCAUAUGCCUGUUUUUGUUUUUGAUUUUUAAAAAACUUCCCCUCUCUAUAUCUCUAAUUCUUUACUGAUUUUUCUUUCCCUGUACUUUUCUCUUGAUAUAUCUGUGGCCUCUCCCCUCGCUUGCUUUAUACCACAUGGGAUUAAGUGCAGAGAGCAGGGAGCUGCUUUAAAGAGAGUCUCGGGUGAAUUUUAUUGGCCCCAAGAUGACAUCACAAGGCAGAAGGAAGUUCCCAGUCAGCAUCUUUAAAGGGCUUGACAUGCUAUCUAUCUCUCAUAUCUGCAGAAGUGGUGAUGAUUUUCCCCCUGAAAUUAAACCAGGCAAGAGCUAGACAGAGCCCCUCCCCCACUAUUAGCACUGUCCCAAAGCUCUAUUAGUCUUACAUCUUCUGUGCAUGGCUCUUGGGAGCUGGUUAGCUUUAGCCAGAUUUCCCUUAUGGAUAAAAGAAAAAUGGAACAAAUCCCUCGAAUUUAAGUAUCAUUUACAAAUGGAGGUAAGGAUUUAGCCCCCAGAAUUUUUGCAGGAUCAAUUUUAUUAGGUGAUCAAAAAAAGGUAGAUGAUAGAGCAACGAAGAUUAUCACUACUGUAAAAGUCCCCCAGUCCUUUACCCACCAGGUCUGCUUUCUUAUACUAUCUCUAGGAGGUGAUGAUAUUAUCAAAUUCACAGAAUAUAGUAUGUUCUGCAUUCAGUCGCCUUACAUACACACACACACACACAAACACACACACACACCUGCAAAUAUUUAUUAGUCACUUCCCAGGAAUGUCCUAACUUUUCAGGUAGGCAAGUGUAAAGUCACCUGGCCAAUAUUCCUGAAAAAAAUGAAGGCUUUACCCAGGACCGGGGCUCAUUUUGGAACCUGAAAUUGGCACUCUGAGGAGCCUUAUCUUCUGUCACUUCCUAUGGGGCAGCUGGUUUGCAGAGAUCCUUAAUAAAAUCUUUUGCAGUAUUUUGUAGGAAGGAUGGCUGUAUACUCAUGUGCAAGGAGAAUUAAACUGCUGUGAGAGUUUGGAAAAACCACCAUCACUUUACUAUUAGUAUGUCUUUACUAUUUUUAUAUGUGUUUUGUGGGUCAGCGUGUUCAAAUCUUAAAUAGGAAUACACUAGCCUUACAACAGAAUUUCUUCUUGUGGAAUAAAAACUGAUAAUAAUCUUUCAUCUUCAAGAAUCUGAUGACUGAGCUUUGUAGGAAUGUACCCCAACAGUUGGACCAGAGCCUGGCCAGUUCCCACCAACUGGAGUAAGCUAUUUAAUUGAGGGCCAAGAAGCUCAAUAGUGUUUUCAAUCUGUUAUCAGAAAAAUAUUUUCUAAAGACACUGACAGCGGCUGACUGGUAAAACGGAAAGUUGGCCUUAGCAAAUGAAACUAGUAAAAGAAAAAAAUAGGUAAAAAUACAAAAAAUCUUUAUGUUCUGUCAAGGAAAAAAAAAUCAAGGAAACCUCACUUUUUUGAAUUUCAAAUAUUCAUUACAAAACCUAAACCAUACACAAUCUAUUUCAAUUUGAAUCCCUUAACAUAUGAAAAGCCAUGUCUUAAGUGCAUUAUGCUCAUUAUGCUCUGUAAGGCAUGUUAUUAGCCAGCUUUGCUGAAAAAUAUGUCAUCUACAGCUCAGAAAAAGAAGUAAAAUUGUUCUAGAAAUUUUUGAUCCCAGCCACUUUGGAUCCAAAGAGGAACCCGACUCCCCACUCACAAUCCCCCACACACAUUUUAAUUACAGGAGUCUAACAUUUUCCACAGAUAUUAUUAAACCAAGCAAAGAAACUUCUUUCUGUAAAAACAACAAAAAAGUUACUAUGUACAUACUUAUAUUAGCUACUUUCUUUGUGAUUAGAGGAUAAGAUUUUGUUAUUUCUUUUGGCACUUAGUCCUUAACUAUCUGAAAAUGGUUCACUUUGACCUGUUUCUUUGAUCAGCCAAACUUAAGUGAGGGGCCUCUGUUUAUAUAUAGAAUCUUGUAUAUGUAACUUUACUUAUGUGGGACCAAUGGCCAGUAUACUCUAAUGGACAUAAAUCUCCCAAUCCUUAUCUAGGAUUAUCUGUUCACCUUGCCAUGUCCAUCUUGCAAUGAGACCUAACUUGCACUUGCCUGUUUUUCUGCAUGAUUGGAUUCCAAAGACUAUUACCAAUGAUGAGAAUUGUCCUGUGUCAGUGUUUAUAAAAUGGACUUAAAGCAUACACACAUGCAUACACACAUUCACAUCCACCCUUACAGUUCUAGAUCAACCCUGCAAAGCAAAACCAUGUACUCCCAGUUUCUUUGCAAGGUCUGAGUGGUGAGAACUAAAUUCAGUCAGCCUAAUGGGUAAAAUGCAAUCUCAGUGAUGUUUAAUAUGGAUUUGAAAUCAUAGUCAUUUCUGUGUUCUUUCUCGUACACUUUCCUAUUUUCUCUUCCUUUAUUUUCAAAAUGUCUGUGGAACAAGAGGAUGAAUCGGGGAGAACUUUUGCUUCCUUUGACUCUUUGUAGGUGAUACAGAGUUAAUAUAUUGUGAUUUCUGUUUCGUAUGAAUUAUUAAAAUCAGAGGAAACCUGCUUCCCUCAACAUAAAACCAAAUCCAGACCCAGACGCUGUUGGAGUUUGCCUGUUGACAAUGGUUAUGAUGCUGCUCGCUGUCUUGAGUUGCAUGUACUGACAAUAGCUCUGAAGGGCCUCAUGAUUUCAUUUUGUCAUCUGAUAAAUGAAACUUGUAGUAUGGUCCGAUUGUGCCAGGGAAUAAAUAAGAAAUAAGGAAUGACAAUGACCUACUUUCUCACCUUGGGUCAAGAGUGUGUGAUAUGAAUGUGACCAUGUAGAAAUCUGCGUUUUUCAUUAGACACUGGUUUCUUCUAAAAAUGACCUCAUUUCUGUCUGCAGAUACUAGUUGUAUAUCUGCAAAUCAGUAAUUUCUCUUUAAGGUAUAAAAUCAAUAAAGGGGAAAAAAAAGAUCACGGGGGGGGCAUUAGGUGAGUAGAGCAGGGUUAAAUUUCCUAGAUUAUCAAAUUCCUAUUCAUUUUAACUAUUUUCUAACAAAAGAGGCAAAAGCCUUUGUUUAUCUACAUGAUAUCCAACUUUAAUAUCUCAAACUCACUGGAUAAUUAAAAAGAUAGGAUGAAGAGGUCACUGCACUUGCAUUAGUUUACUUUGCAGUAUCUGAACAAUGUCGAGGAGUGGCCCUUCUAUUUCUGUAAAUGAUGUUUUAUUUAACCAAUUAACUAUUAGAAAGCCUGGAAGAUAAACAUACGCAUUAUUACCUACUUCCUGUUGGAAGAUAGAGAGCGACAACCUUUAGUUAUCUCGGGCACAGCUUUUAUCCUAGUUUAAAUCACAGAUCCUUACUCCCUUUUAAAAAGGUUAAGCAUAGGUACCUAAAAAUACCCACAAUAGUAAGAAGGGAAAUUGCAUUCCACAAGAUGAUUGCUCAGAAAGAGUCAGAUGGAGUUACUGGUGCAUUCUUGAUACCAUAGAUGGUUACCAAACAUUUGAUAAUUUUGACCAAGUUCACAAUAAGAAG